AUGAGUUGUCACUGGGCAAGAGACACUUUGGCUUGUUCAUGGUUGAGAACCGCAGACCAGAUUCUUGCUGCCACGGAACUUAAGAUAGUUGGUUUAAAGAUAACGAGUACGAACAUCAAGACUGACAUUGGGAUGUACGUCAUCAGGGUAUCUUUCAGAGGUAGGAUUGAAGAGAUACCUUACAUUAUGAUGGAGUCUAAGGUCAAACUACAAAACCUGAUCAUCCUUGAACAGACGACACCAGAUGUUGGGGACUACUUCAGCAACUAUGCUAUCUUCAUGGAUGAUGUCAUAAAAACGACAGGUGACAUUGAGAUUCUUCGACGGGAUGGUAUCAUAGGGGGCAUGUUGGAAAAUGGUAAGGUGGCUCGCAUCUUUAAGAUUCUUGGUAAUAUGGUUAAACAUUAUUGUGACCUUGUUUAG